UCUUGACUUUUUUACUUCUUUCUUUGCUAUCUUCCAUGUUUGUAAGGAGUGGAGGUUUGGGGUGGAGUAAAAAUCUUAGCUUUAUUAGUAUAUGCUGCUGCUGAUGAUGAUUGGUUAUAAAAAUUUGAUCUUUGUGGUUCUUGAUUACUCAAGCUUAGUUUAGUUCUUUGUGAUUUGUGAUAGAGAGAAAUCUGUAGUUUUCUCUGAUAUCUACUAGUAUGAGUUAUUUUAAUGGGGGCAAAUUUUGGAUUUGAUCUUUGCUAAUUUGGUGGUGUUGACUGUGCAUGUGAUGGUGUGAAGUUCUCCUUUUUGGUGUAUUUGCUAUGCUAAGACUGGUAAAUUCCAGGGGAGAUUCCCUGGAGUAGGACUUUUAGUAAGUAGGAAGUUGGAUUUUUUUUUUUGAAGGGCAGAAAAAAAAAGAUUCUUCCAGAAUAUUCAGAACUGGAGUUUGGGGUAAAUUUGGAAUCUGUUUUCAAACAUCUUGAAUGCAAAAUGUGCAGAAGAAUGAGCUAGUAAUGGCUGUGGCAGAAGCAAGAACCGCUUGGCAAAGAGCAGUUAAUCGAUGUUUGGUCCAGGAAGAUGCUAAACGAGCUCCAAAGUUGGCAUGCUGCUCAUCAGCAUCACCCUCAUCGAAACAGGUUGAUACUGGACCUGCAAAUGGUGCUGAUGCACAAAAUCCUUCUGGCACAUGCUUCCUGCCUUUUGACAGGAACUCUUCAUAUUGUGAUUUAUCCCCUAAUUCAAGAUGGUGGCUGCAUCUUCAACCUAAUUAUGGGUAUCAAAAAGGCUUAGUGAGUGAACUGGUAGAUUCUAUUGAAGCAGAGAUGGAAAAUAUUGGACCAGUUUUAGAUUCAAUCCCUAAAUAUAACAAGUUGUGUGAUCAGAAUGAGGCAGAUAGUAUUUGUGUGGAUAAAUUUACUGUAGGUGGAUCUCUAGAUUCUCAGGUUACAAGAUCCGCAAGCUAUGUAAACAGUGACUUGGGAGUUGGAAGCAAAGAACUGACAGAUGUGUUUACUGAGAUUUCCAAGGAUAGUCCUAACCUCGAGGACACAGGGUAUCCCAAUGAAGCGAGUAAGAAAGGUCUGGUUGAUCUCACAGUCGGUAAGCAGAUAGAUGAGCUUUCAUUUGAUACAGAAUAUCCCUGGAUUGGUGUUGCGAAAACAGAACCAUGGUGGCGAACUGCAGACACAGAGGAACUUGCUUUAUUGGUUGCACAGAGAUCACAUGAUUUUAUGGAGAAUUGUGAUCUUCCUCAGCCUCAGAACAAUUUUGUUAAACAAGACCGUGACGUGGAUGUUGACAGUAAGAUUUAUGCUUCUUCUAUGGGUCCGAAAGCUGGAAGUAUGCGCCAACAAAAUACGAAUAUUCAUAAACGUGGCAAUCUUUCAUUUGAACGCCCGUCACAGUUAGAUGCUGAAGGGAAGUUGCAGCUUCACACUUGCAAGUCAUCAAGUUUGAAGAACAGUGACACCGCUGGCCAAAAGGUUGUGCCUAAAAUGAGCACAUCUGGAAAUGAUGAAAGCAAGGCCCAACUACUAAAAGCACUUCGUCAUUCUCAAACGCGUGCUAGGGAAGCUGAGAAUGCGGCAAAGCAAGCCUUUGCAGAGAAGGAGCACGUUGUUCAGCUGGUCUUCAGACAAGCAUCACAACUUUUUGCCUACAAGCAAUGGUUCCAGCUAUUGCAACUAGAGAACUUCUACUUCCAGAUUAAAAGCAACAAAAAACAUCCAAUAUCGGCCAUGUUACCUGUAAUGUUACCGAGGGUGCCCAAGAAAAGUAAGAGACCGCAGAAGAAGUCUGCUAGGGUGAAAAGAGCCAAACGUGGUCGUCCCAGGUAUGACUUGAGCAGAUAUGCAGUUGUUUUUGCAUUAGGUUUGGGUCUUGUUGGUGCAGGUUUGCUUCUUGGGUGGACAGUCGGGUGGAUGGUACCGACGUUCUGAGCUGUGUAGAUUGUAUCCAAUUUUAUUUUUUUUAAAUAGUAGUUUUGUAAAGAUUGGUUUACAUGGGAGUUGAGUGGGUGGUUGUGUCUAUGUAUGUUAGUUGUAUGAUCAUUUCUCCAUUUCCUUUGGUCUCAGCUUUUAGUACUUGAAUUGAAAUGGAAUCAUGUACUUGAAGACUAGCAAGCAUGUAUAUAUAUUAGGCAGAAUUAUGUUUUUUCCUCACCAAAAUUAGACUCUUUUGUAUUAUCAUGAUUAAUGGAUUUCUUAGAGUUGUUAAUUA